CGCUGUUUCACCAGCUGCAGGGGGUGACUCUCCUCGUGCAGUGGUUCUGUUUGUCCUUUAAUUUGACCCAUUAUUCACUUUCUGAUCCGAGUUAAAUCCUGAACCGAAUCCGAAAUGAGAUCUGAAAGUGCGCCAGUCUCUCAGACUCUCUCCCGUGUCUUUGUUCGUCCUCGGUCUGAAACACUUUCAGAGUUGUUUAGAGGAGCCGUGCCGCGUGUCGGAGCGCAGUAAUGCGCAGUGUGUUCUGAAGGGGUGAUCGGGGUGUGUGUGAGAGUGCUCUGAUGGGGUGUUGAGGGGUGUGUGAGUGAGAGAGUGUGUUGUUCUGCUGAAGAGCGGCGUGUAAAUCAGCCCCUCUCACAAACACACGGAGGUGUGGAGAAGUAGGAAAUGUUACGAAAACGACUGAGGGCUGCAGUACCCAAUCAAAACGCGAGUACGCACCGCUUGAGCCCGCCCACCUCCGGAAUGGGCCAAUGGGAUUGUCGGUGCGGAGCAUCCGGUACUAGGACUGCAGUUCGGACAGUGUGUUUGUUGGAGUGAGGUUUUAUUUUUUUAUGUUUUGCUUGAAAAACAGAUUAUUAAAGAUCGGAUUUACAGCAGCAGCGACUGAACACGACUGCAGCCGAGCUGUGAGAGGCGACGUCCGCGGGUUUGGUGUUUUGCUCCGGGUUUAAUCGCUGUAGAAAGCCGUGUGUGUGAGUGAGAGAGUUGUCGGAGGGGGAUCUGCGCCGCUGCGGCUGAGAGCUCGUUAUAACCCAGCGGGUACGGUCGGGCUUGUUGCGUGUUGUUUUGUUUGUUUAGCUGUUUGUUUACUUGUUUACCAGCAUCGUCACGGUAAACAGCCUGCAGUAAACACAUUAAAUAAAGUCCAUAGAUUCGACCCGGGUCAGCUCGUCUCCUUCCCCGGCUCCUCUGGGGACAGGCCAGCCCGCUAUGAACGGCUUCAGCACGGAGGAAGACAGCCACGACGGACCGCCGGCUCCGGGGCCUCUGUUCGGGCAGAGCUGCUGCCUGAUCGCGGACGGAGAGCGCUGCGGCCGGCCGGCAGGGAACGCCAGCUUCAGCAAGAGGAUCCAGAAGAGUAUAUCUCAGAAGAAGCUCAAACUGGACAUCGAUAAGAGCGUACGACACCUGUACAUCUGCGACUUCCACAAAAACUUCAUCCAGAGUGUCCGCAACAAGCGGAAGAGGAAAACCAGCGAUGAUGGUGGAGAGUCUCCAGAUCAUGAUGUUGAAGUCCCAGAGGUGGAUCUGUUCCAGCUUCAGGUGAACACACUGAGGCGCUAUAAACGGCACUACAAGAUUCAGACCAGACCAGGCCUGAACAAAGCCCAGUUGGCAGAGACGGUGAGCCGCCACUUCCGGAACAUUCCGGUGAAUGAGAAGGAAACCCUGACGUAUUUUAUUUAUAUGGUGAAGAGCAGCAAGAGCCGACUGGACCAGAAAUCGGACGGAAGCAAACAGCUGGAAUAAAUCCCGCCACCCCAUCCCCCACGCACCCCCGUCAGUAGCGCCACCUGGUGGCAGUGUGGGCCUUUUUAAAGACUGCUGAGAUGCUCGCAGGGUAAAGAGUUUAAUGUGAACAUGCUCAUAUUCAUCUACACACACCUACAAGACUGAUGAACAUGCACACACAGACCUGUGGGAGAGGACGACUGCAUACACACUUCGUAUUUUUGUUUCACCUUUUCUUUUUCUUUUCUUUUUUGCCUUAAAGUGCUUUUGGGAAGAUCUGACAUUUUCAGAGUGACUGUUAUAAACCUUCAGCUUCUGUGCCAAAAGCGAAUUAAGUGAUUUAUGAAGAAAUUAAUCAAAGUUACUCCACAGCGCCGUGUCUGAUCUCCAGCUAUUCCAGUAGUGGUGUGUAUCCUGUCAGAAAUGUGUGUGUGUAUCACUUUACACACUGUACACUGCUGCGCCCAGCUGUGCUGUGGUCCAGCAGAUACCCCAGCAUCACACUGACCGUCACACAUCCCCCCACGUCUACUGCACUCUGAAUGAUGAGCCUGGUCCUGUACAGCUGCUUUAGCUCCGCCUCUCUCACAGCUCCACCUUUUAUUCUCCUUCACGCUGCAGCUUUUACUUGUUUCAGGUUUAAAGGUUUUUUGUGAUAUGUUGUGUUUUUGUUGUUGUUGUUGUUAAAUCAGAAUAUCCCUGUAUUUAAAGCUGAAACACUGUUGCUGUUCCACAUGCUCUCCUAUCAUCUUUUACAAGACCUAUUAUCAGACUCGUCUGCGGCUUACUAGGCCCUAGAUUUCCAUGCGGAAGGAUUCACACACAGGUCGAGCCAAUGCACUUCUUCCCUGCUGACUGAUUUCAGUGCUGUUCUUCUUUCUGAUGUGUUUCCUGCUGAACAGAUUACUCCCAUCUGUGUAAAUAGAAGUUAGAAUGGAAAUGCUUUAUACACCAGGCUUGGAAUCGUAGACUCCUUUAGCACCUGGUCACUUGCGCCUUGAGUAUCAGGAUUAUAUCUGGAUGAGACCAAGCCACAUAAAAUUGCAAGUGUAAACGCACCCAAGACAUAUUUAAACUGAAAACAAAUCCGAUAUGUCAAAUCACUUCUUAAGGUGGUUCGAUCUACCAUAGGUUAGGCCCACUAAUUCUGCCUACAGCAUUUUAGCCCCACUCAUUCGUUACAAUGUUAUAAGAUGUGUUUCAGCUUUUUAAAUGCGACACAGUAGAGGACAGCCAAUCAGAACAAAGCUCAUUUUAUUAUUUAUCAGUCUUAAAGAAACAAUUUAAUUUGAAUAAUUUAAUAUACGUAGUCCACUUAUUGUAACUAUACAAUAAUAGCUACUAGUUUCCUGCAGUAUCAGCCUCUAAUCUACUGGGAAGAUUUUAAACUAGAUGUUGGAACAUUGCUGUGAGGAGGGUUAGGUAGCCUUUAGCCCAUUCAGUGAGAGUGAGAGCAUCAGUAUCAAGAACUGAUGUUAAUUCCAUUAUUGUAACGCUACAAUAGUAAUUAAUAGAAUAUAUAACUGACUCUAUAAAAUUUCACUUCCUGUAAUGAAGUACGUGGACACCUACUUCUCCAGUAUUCCUCCAGUGAUUAAGGCAGUUAUCUAGGAGGGUGUCCCACUUUACUGCAGUGACAGACGCUCUGUUGAAAAGGCUUUACACUAGGUGUUAGAACAUUGCUGUGAGAAGGAUUUGAUUGCACUCAAGAAUGCGAGCAUCAGUGAGGUCAGGUAGGUUCUGAUAUUUGGGGAUUAUUUCUGACCUUGGGGGUCAUGUGAUUAUGGCACUCCAGAGCAUCUUGUUUUGGUCAGAGGUUUUCUGUGUUGAGGACAGGUGGGAGGAGUUUCUGUCAGUGUUAUUUCUUUAUUUUAUUUUAUUUUUUUAACUUAAGCUGACUCAUCUCAUCCCGGUGUGUAAGGUGCACAGGUUGGGUCUGUUUUUGGUUCUGUAGAGUCUGAUUCAGUUGAGUCAGUAUCCUGUAGGUUCUCUCAGUUCGGCUUUUAUUGUUUCCUUUAUUAGCCUUUGGCUUCAUGGAUCUAACUGGUGUACUAGAUAAAUAAAUAAAGAUGAUUGCAUAAUGCUUUUAAUAAACCGUAUACUUUAAAGACCUGA